GUUUCACCGAACAGAAAAAUCAAUCAAAUCCCCCAGUCAAACCGCAACCUCAAAGGGAGUUUUAGUCCUUUUAAAAUACGCGGCACCUUUAUUUUUGCUUUCUUCAUAAUUUUCCAAAUUCUCUCUUCCUUGAAUUCGAACAAGUUCUGCUCCUGAGAUCGGCAAUCAGAAGCCAAAACCGAAAAAAAUAAAAUAAAAUAAAUAAAUAAAACAAACAGAAUGGCCAAGGCGGAGCAGCCGGUGGUUGGAGUUCCAUACUUUGUGGGGAUGAAUCCGUACCAGGCGGGAAUGGUACCGCCCAACGCCGUAUACGGUGAUCCAAAGGGAAUUCCGAUUCAGCAAACCAUGUAUCGAGAUACUCCUGCUCCCUUUAACUGCCCUUUCUGUGGUAAUUCCGGACUCACCGUCGUCAGAUCUAAACCUAGUCUGGCAGCUGUUGUUGGUUGCAUGAUGCCCUUUAUGCUCGGAAUCUGCUUCCUUUGCCCUUCAAUGGACUGCCUUUGGCAUAAGUAUCAUUAUUGCCCAAAAUGCACUGAAAAGGUUUCUAGUUUUGAGAAAUCAGAUCCAUGUGCAGUGGUGGAUAUGCCCCAGUGGAAGCAGGAGAGUUUUGCUGUGCCUGCAUGAUAUGUCGAGUAAAAGCAUUUUGCUUUUGUGUUUAAUGCUUUCUAUUUUUGCUUUGCUGAAAACUAUUGUCUAUACUAGAAACCAUGAACAAAAGGUAUUAGUGCAUAUAUCUUGAAAUGGUAUUUAGACUAAGCUCUACUCUAUAUGUUGUCAUACUGCAUGUUUGCAGUAUUAGACUCAGUUGCAACCCUGUUGUGAAUAAUUUUUCCCAUAAUACAACAAUACAAUUGUUAUGUAAACAUAGAUGAUGCUUCUGAGCCUUUCACGUU